CGCCACUCCCGCCCGGCGCCCCAGCACGGCCGCGGCGCCUCCGCCUCCCCGCUAGGUCAGCCGGCAGCUCCGCCCGGCUGCGGCGAGGAUGAACAUGAUGGACUUCAACGUCAAGAAGUUCGCGGCCGACGCGGGCACUUUCCUCAGCCGUGCGGUGCAGAUGUAGAUUGUACCACAACACGGGUUGUCAGCAGUCUGGUGUUUAAGCUGAUGCCAUCGUCACAGUAACAACAGCGUGCUCUUUUGGGAAGAGGACACAGAAACAGCUCUCCGGGCUGCAUGCCGCAUUGAUACCGAGAGUUCACAGAAGAAAAGCUUGGCCAGGCAGAGAAGACAGAAUUGGAUGCUCACUUAGAGAACCUUCUUAGCAAAGCUGAAUGUACCAAAAUAUGGACAGAAAAAAUAAUGAAACAAACUGAAGUGUUAUUGCAACCAAAUCCAAAUGCCAGGAUAGAAGAAUUCGUUUAUGAGAAACUGGAUAGAAAAGCUCCAAGUCGUGUAAACAACCCAGAACUUUUGGGACAAUAUAUGAUUGAUGCAGGGACUGAGUUUGGCCCUGGAACAGCUUAUGGUAAUGCUCUUAUUAAGUGUGGAGAAACACAAAAGCGAAUUGGAACUGCAGACAGAGAGCUGAUUCAAACAGCAGCUUUAAAUUUUCUCACUCCUUUAAGAAACUUUAUAGAAGGAGAUUAUAAAACAAUUGCUAAAGAAAGAAAGCUACUACAAAAUAAGAGACUGGAUUUGGAUGCUGCAAAAACCAGACUAAAAAAGGCAAAAGCUGCAGAAACUAGAGCUUCACAACUAAACUCAGCUCACCUUGAAGGAGAUAACAUUAUGGUAAAUUUCUCUUACAUGCUCAACUUCCUGCAUGUAAAAUGGCUAAAGAUUUGGGCAGAGGAAGUGACAAAAUCUGAACAGGAAUUAAGAAUAACUCAAAGUGAAUUCGAUCGUCAGGCAGAGAUUACCAGACUUCUGCUAGAAGGAAUUAGCAGUACACACGCCCAUCACCUCCGCUGUCUGAAUGACUUUGUAGAAGCCCAGAUGACUUACUAUGCACAAUGUUACCAGUACAUGUUAGACCUUCAGAAACAACUGGGAAGUUUUCCAUCCAGUUAUCAUUCUAACAACAAUCAGACUUCCGUGGUACCUGUACCAUCUGCUUCAUCAAAUGUGAUUGGUUCUUCUGCCAUGACUUCAAGUGGCCUAGUAAUGACCUCUCCUUCCAACCUUAUUGACCUUAAGGAGGGCAGUGGCAGCAGAAAGGCCAGGGUUCUAUACGAUUAUGAUGCUGCAAACAGUAGUGAAUUAUCACUUCUUGCAGAUGAGGUGAUCACUGUGUUCAGUGUCGUUGGAAUGGAUUCAGACUGGCUAAUGGGGGAAAGGGGAAAUCAGAAGGGUAGGGUGCCAAUUACCUACUUAGAACUGCUCAAUUAAAUAGGUGGACUAUGGAAAGAUUAUCCAUCAUGACACCCUAUUUAUAUACAACUAACUCUAAAUAAAGCAGGUUUAGUAUCUUCCAUGUUAAUGUCUUAAAGAGACUGAAAAGAAAAUACCAGCCGUCAGAAACGGGCUUUCUGCCAAUAAAAUUGCUUGGUAACUAUUUCAUUACAGAAUUUAUGUUAGAGCUUUCAUACCAAGAAUGUUUUCUUACAAAAUUCUCUUUCUACUGAGGUUUCACUAAUAAGCAGCUUCUACUUUUGAGCCCCAACUUAAAACAGAAGAACUGUUUUCUACUGAAUUUUUCAUUAAUGGCAAGCUUUUUCUUUUCUGUAAAAUAAAUUUAUUGUGAAUUGAUAUCAGUGACUCAUUUAUUAGGUAUAGCCAAAGAAUAAAAUUAAAAUUUGUUUUUAACUUUUGGUUUCAGAAGAGACCUAGGAUAUAAACCUCUUUUGUGAAGAAUAUGUUUCUGAAUGUUUCCUUGAACAGAAAUGCAAUUAUACCAUGUUUACCUUGUUUUCCAACAGAAGUUGAAUGAUUUCAAUACCGUAUUUCAAUGGGUUAUUUUGGGGGGGGGGAUUGUUUAUUUUAUUAAACACUACUGAAUGAUUUAAAUUUAAGAACAACUAGUCUUUGAAAAGCACUACCAUAUUUCUCUGGUAUUUUUGCAGUAAAGGUUCUAAAACAUCUGAGGCAAGUUCAGUUCACUAAGCAACUGAAGAUUGCUUACUUUUAAGAUUGUUCAGUUGGCACAGUUUAAGCAUGAUCAGAAUUGGACUCAUUAAGAACAUACUGCAGUACAAUACAGAGAAUUUGUUCUUACUGAACAACAAAUCUUUAUAAAAAUACAAACUAGUGAAACUACAUUCAUCAUAAAGUGUAUACAAACAAUCCACUUUUGGUUACUCUGAGCUUACUAAUAAAAUUUUGAAAACUUAUUAACUUAUAAAAUAUUGAUAAACUUAGUUUAUCUUGAUCAGGAUCUGUAGUUAUGAAACACACACUUACUGAAAUUAUUAGUGACACACUUUGAGUCAGAAAAUAGUUAUUUGGACCAUUGCUGUGAAUCAACAGAUUGUGUCCAUGUUAGAACUUCUAUCAUUCUUAUUCUAUCAUUUAUUAAGCAUUUGUUGAGGUCCAGGUACUGUGUUGAUAACAACAAGAUGCAGAAUAAGUGUCACUGUCAUGAUAGGAUAAGGUACUGUGUUUCGGUGCUUUGGGUGUCACCUGAUUGAGAUUUGGUGAGUGGGAGGUGGUUUGAAGAGGAAGUGCUUCAAAGAGGAAAAGAUGUGCCAGGCCUGGAGCCAAAAGAGUAUAGCACAUUCUGACAACGGAAAGUCAUUCAGGCUAACUUACACAAGAAUUGCAGAGAUGUCGCUCACUUCAGGGAAUGUUAGUAUAUCAAAAUGAUAUUUUUUUUUUUGGUACUUUAAAAAAUGAUAAAUACUUAACACAAAAGGAUAUUUCAAAAUGGUGUUUAAGAGUUCCUAAUAACUUGGUAAACAUGUUGAUAAUUUAGCUCAGUCUAAACUUUUAACAGUAGUUGUUACCCUUUUAUUUCGGUGCUAUGAGACAAAUUACUCUGAGAUUUUAUAGUUGUACAAGACACUUUGAUUCACACUGUGAAUUGUCAUACUCAAGCCAAAAGCUGCUCAAGCUGGUUAGCUAUAGAACCAAGUGAGCAAAGCUCCCCCCCCCACCCCCCCAGAAAGGAAGUUCUACAGACAGUCUAGAGUACUACCUAUUAUGUUUUAUGAAGUCAAGAUUUAGGCUUUAAAAAUCAUUAAAAAAAAAUUCAGGUCAACUUUUAAAACAGCAACUAUAAAUCCAGUUUAUAGGAAGUAGAGUAAUGAAGGGGAGAGUAUGACCACUGGAAUGGAAUGGUCCCUGGAUUCAAAUCCAGUCUUCCUCGCAUACUGUGCUCUUUGAACUUCAACAGAGAUAAUGCAUGAACUGCUGUUUCCUUAUUAGUAAAAUGGGGAUAAUUAUGCCACCUUAAGGUUAUUAUUAUCUUGUAUGUUAGGCAAUUUUUAGGGAAAGUUUUGACACAUAGGAAAUUCUCUACCAGUUUUCACUUUUUAGCCCUUGUAGCUUCCUGACGUACCAAGACUGUAGGCCUCGUUUAUGACUGAACCAGAGAUACCUCUUUUAUAUAUAUAAUAUGAUAUGAUCUGUUCUACUCUUGUCCUAUCCUCCACCCUCUUUAAAUCAGACUCAGAUCUAGGUUUAACCUCACCACAGUCAGUGUAAAAUUUUAUUAGACCCUUCUGCCUUCCACUAAAUGAGUAUUGACUAUAGUAACCCAGUGAUGUACAUUAGCCUUCAAUAAUAUUAUGGUUCUAAGGCUUCUUGUGCCUUUGUUUACCACAAAUCUACCACAACAUGUGGGCUUAUUCUUCUGUUUAUUGCUUUUUAUUUUAAUGGAUUUUUGUGUGCUUGUUGGGGAUGGGGGUUAGUUUUAUUUUGGUUUUGGCUUAUUUUGUAAAGUCAUAGAUUUAAUUUUUACUCAGGUAAAGGCCCAUAAAGGUUCUCUAGGCAUAGAAGAAAAGCUUGGGAAGCCUAUUAAUUCACGGUGCAAUUCAGAAUUAUUGAAAUAAACUUUGUGCCCCAGAGCUUAGGUAUUGUAACAUGUGAAGGAUACACAUGAAUAAAAAAUAAACUUGGAGAUAACGAUAGGCUCUUUUACAAAUAAAAAUAAGUGGUUGGGUUGUCUCUACAUUUGUCCUCAAAGUAAUCUAACCUAAAAGUCCAUGGUGUUAAAUCUGUUAUUUUAUGGUGCUAAUUAGAAGAAUUCAUAUUAUAGAAGAUUAGGGAAAUAGGAAUGUGCCUCACUCUGGGUAACGUGAGAAAUAAACCUGAAUCCGGUGGGUUAGAGUCCAUCCUCCUAGGAUGCUGUUACCUUCCACCAGCACAAGCGAACAGAAUGUGAAUGUAGGAGCUGGUGUUGGGAGGACAUUUUCUGAGAUAAAUUGUGGGGAGGGUGAUGGAAUGCUGGACAAGAAGCUACAGCAUUGUUUAUUUAGGCUCAGCUCUGUUGACAGGAGUCCUCAAAAAUCUCUACUGUACCUCCCAAAUGCCUGAACUUUUGAAAUAUGUUGUCGUAGUGUGUAGCACCUCAAGCCUGGGUGAGGAGCCAUAAUAAAUAGAUGGCUUUGCAGUUUGACCUACAGCCAGCUUUGUCUCAACCCCUUCUCCACUUCUUGAGACUCAAAAGGGGAGGAAGGGUAUUUAAGAGCACACCAGCCCUUUUCCCCACAUUGUCCUAAUUAGGAAGCCUACUCAGUAGGGCAGUGGUUCUCAGUGUGAGACCCCAAGAUGGACAAUAACAGCAUACCUAGGAACUGUCAAAAAUGCUAAUUCAUAUUUCCAAGUACUUCCUACAUUAGGUUGUACUGAUUUUUUUUCUUCAAUGAGCUGUAGAACUAGUCUUAGUUCUUCAUGUAACAUUUUAAGACAAAAAUUGUCUUCUAGCAUUAAUCAAAAUUAUAGUUACUUUUAUAAUUUAUUUGUUUAGUAUAUAUUGAUCACUUAAGAAUGCAGGCUUUCUGAGAUGCAGACCAUAAUUCUUUUGAUCACAGUUGUUAGCUUAAGGCUAGCACAUAGUGUGUACUCAAUAAAUAUUUGUUGUGUGUGGGGGGAAAAAACUAUUUCUAAGCCAUAUCCAAGAUCUACUUAAUCAAACUCUGAGGUAGGACCUAGCAAUCUGUUUUUACAAACCACAUGGUGAUUGUUCUGUUAAGGUAGAGAACCACUUCAGUAGAACAAGGAAAACUUCCCUGUCAUCUUCAGGCCUAUUAUCUGAAAUCACUUGAGAAAUUCCUGCCUUCUGCACCUGUACCAACAACAGUGCUGUCUUCAGGGUAGAGGAAUCUUGUUGGGCUAUAUUAUAAAGUGGAUGUGAAGGUAGAGUAUAGAAUGCCAGUACUUGGUUGCUGUGGGAGUUAGUGGGAUAGUCUGAGAAAGGUAAGCCCAACAACCCCCAUUUCCACUCAGUGCAGUGGCAGUUUGACAUCAGAGCACCCCAACAAACCAUUAUAGUGGUAUCAGACUAACGUGCAUCUCUGACUCAGGUUGCUAAGCUCUGCUCUCAUUCCCACUUCAAAGGAGGUUUGUUUAAGAAUUGUUAAUGCUUUCUUAAUAAAAGUCAGAUGUGGUGGUAAAAAGGAAAAUAAUGUGAAAAUAUAGCUUAAAAGAUAAAAAUAACCUAUAAUACCACCAUCCAGGGAGAACUGUUACUUAGGUGUAUAGCCUUCCAGACUCUUCCAUGCUUUUGUAGAUAUUUUUAAGUGGGAUCAACUUGUACAUACUGUUUUGUAACUUUUUCACUUGACAACACCAUGACCAUCCUGCUGUGUCAAAUGUAUUGCUGCAUCUUUUUUAAUAGCUGCAUGGUAUUCCAUCAUAUGUGCCACAUUUUACUAAACGACUGUCAAUUUCUAAGUUGUUUCUAAUUUUUCACUAAUAAACUGCUUUAAA